GCUAAAAAGCGUGCAGUUGUGUAGUUGAAAGUCUCGGAACGACUUAUUGAGGUUGUUGAAUUCUCCAAAUAUGGUCAAGAAACUGAAAAUCGACGACAGCGAUCAGGGACAACAACAACCCUUCCAGCAACAGCAACAGCAACAACAACAACAGCAACAGCAACAGCAGCAGCAACCUUAUCUUCAGCAGCAACAGCAGUUACAACAAACGGUCCCAACACAAGGUCCUAAAACAAAUUUCGAAGAUAAUUUAAUCACCAAUCAAGGAGCUUCUGGUAAUACCAUCAUCCAGCAAGAUCUUUUUCAGACUCUUUUAACUUCGACUAACGAUGUUACUUCUCGAUUCCAAAACUCCUCGAUAUCUACAAGCCAACAAUUCAUCCCGCCCUGUCAGCAGCAAUCGGCACAAAAUAAUAUGACGAACAUUUCUAGCACUUUUAGCAAUAGUGCAGCCUCUCUCUCGAGUGCAAACCAUUUCUUAACGAUGAAAACUGCACAAUAUGUCCCUGGGCCUCCUCUUCAUCACCCAUCAACGAAUGCAGCCCCUAACAGCAACUCAUAUUCUCUGGAAACAACACAAAGUGCUCUUACUGCAAACCAAAGUAACAAUAUGUAUAAUCACUGUGAUCAACCUUCAACAAGUGCUAGUAACUUAGCACCCACUUAUAGUCAUAACCUUCCAGUUACUUCAGCACUACCUACGAGUUUCCAGUCAAAGGGUUCCGUAGCAAUCUAUAAACCUCCAGAAGGCGGUGCCCCGCCAUCUAUUCGAGAUAGCAUGUAUUCCUCCCGGAUGACAACUUACCAAGUUGGUAAUGAGUGGGCUGUGCCCAAAAGCUAUACGGAAAACGAAGGAGGCAACAGAUCUGACAGGGGUCACACCGACAUCGAUGAGCUCAUCCAAGGAAAAGGCAUAGAACCCAGUAGAGGGCCUCCAGUAGCACAGUUCCCACAAAGAAACAGUUUCAUUGGUAUAUACGGCCUCCACGUUAUAUUUCCUGGAGAGUCACCCAAAUUAGUGCUAAAAGAAGAUGCCUAUGGUAACCGUCACCUUUUCACGGAAUUAGACCAUUGCAUUACCACCGUUGUCAGACACUCCGCAGAUUACUCGGCAGCCAUGAGGUUUCUUAUUGUGUUCUCUAAGGACUGUGAAGCCACGCAGCCUGUUUUCCCAUGCAAGAAUCACCAGAAGCCAGAACAUCCUAAUCAUAUGUUGGAAGUUAGGUCUGGAUCUGGCACAACCAUUUGGGAGGAAGAACCACACCCAUCGAUCGUUGUACCACCAUCACCAUCCUCAGAAGGGAAAUACAGCGUCCAGCUGAAGUUCUUGUGCCGUAACUCAUGCAUCAUGAGGAAAAAUCUGACGUUGAUUUGCCAGUUAGAAAGAGAAGGACAAGUUGUGGGACGUCAAUGCUUGGAACUGAAGAUUAGUGCCUGUCCAAGACGUGAUGCCAAGGUGUCAAAGAAUAAAGAGGUGCCAGAAAUAGAUACAGUAGAUGGUGCAAUGGGGUCUGAACAAGUACAAUUAGGCGGAAUACUAACACCAAACGAUACUCUGUCAACGAACACUUCCGUUUUGUCAACGAACACUUCAGUUUUUUCAAUUGUCACACAGUCUAUCAAUCAGUCUAUUAAUGAGGCGGUCUCAUCUGCUCUGGAAUCCGGAAGAAGAGCUGCUUACUUUGCCUACAUGGAAAAAAGGUUCCAAGAGCUUCAGCCUGAAGACUAUGCCAGUGCAAAGGCUGAUUUCGACCGCUGGUGGGACUCGCCUAAGGACGUCAUUUAAAAUUCUACACUUCAAAAAACAUAAGCCAUCGGCCCAGAAUAGGAAGUUUUUAGCCAUGUGCAUGACAUAUGGAAUAAUGCUUUACAGAUAAGAAUAUGACUUACUGCAUAUAUAUGCGAUCAAUUUACGAACGAUGGGGUAUGUCUUUUCUAAGAAUAGUUAGGAACUUCAAAGCAACCUUUGUAUUCAAGAAAUUAAACUUAAGUAUAAAAAAGACAGUUGUUAUUUGGCUAGAAGUUCUAGUUUUAUCAAUUACCAUGAACAUUGAUGGCCAACUGAUCAUUAUUAAAGGUUAACAUAAUAUCUUCCACAUUUUAUGUUAUAGUAAAACAAAAUACUUGAUUCCUAGUCGUGACUUUUUAGUUUAUAAAAUGAACACCGAUUAAAGUUAUAUAAAAUA